UUGCAGAAUUAUCAUUGAGUGAAAUUAAUUAUAAUGUCGACCGUGAAAUAUCUGUGCUGUUUCGCUAUAUUGGCGUUACGCAUCGAGUUAUCAUAUGGGGAUUGCAACGUAAUGGCAGAGUGUGAAAAUGGAUUGCAAUGGAAAAGAUGGACGAAUAGUUACGAACCAGGGAAGCCUGGAAAACGGGGUGCACCAGGACCACAAGGUCCGCCUGGUGCUAAGGGUGAACCGGGAGAAACGAUUGGUGUCAUUCCUGCACCUGAAAAGGAUGAAACAACACCCGCAAUGCACUUUCUGGGCCAUACAGUAACUUGGAACACCGCAAAAACUUUCUGUCACGUUACAGGAAAAAAACUCUGUAGAACAAACGAAUUGUGUCCCAGCAACCAAGGAGGACGCCAAAUGAUUCACGAUGCUAUUCCAGGAGAUCACUGGGUCCCAGUGCUUGAUGGAUCAAACAAAUGGAUGCAGGCUGGAGAUUCUAGACGGUUUACCUGUCACACACACACUGAAACACACCGAGGAAGUAUGGCGUCAUGGGGAACCUCCAACAGUCCAGCUCCUCAUAAGGGUUAUGUGUAUUGUUGUGGAGAGAAAUAUACAGGUCCACGUUAUCAAUACAUUGGGAAGGCAGCUACAUAUGAUAUGUCAAAACAGCAUUGUGUGAAUCAAGGCAGAAGAUUGUGUCAUGCAGGUGAAAUUUGCACCAACAACAAACCCAUAUAUGGUAUCAUAGCCCGUGAUGCGUGGAUUGCUGCGAAUGAUCGUCAUAAUGAAUGGGUUCAAAUUGGCAAUGCAAAUACAUGUGCUUUGCAUGGUGCCCUCCAUUCGUCAUCCGCUUGGGGAAUCAGAACUGAUGGAACAUUAUAUGAUUUUCUGGGUUUCGUACUCUGUUGUCAAAACUAAAACGAACCGAAGAGACCAAGAAUGAAGAAGCCAACGCCAAAAUGCUGACUAUAAGAUCAAAGAAAACAAUAUUUCUAAUCAUUCUAUGUUGUUUUUACUAUUUUUUUGUUCAUAAAUCUUGUUUUUAAACAAGUAUUUUAUUAUGAAAAGCAGUUGAGGGUAACAAACAAUUUGCAGGUAUAUAAACUUUUAUCCUGAGUUUUGGUGUUUGUAAAUUUAACCUUACGUGUCAAAUAAAUAAAUGAACACAUCAGUGUUCUCAAUCGUG